GCCUGUCACUUUCAAUUGCACAACCGCUGCGAGUUUGUUCUUCAGCUGGUCACGGGACUUUGCAUUUCAUUGUCACAUUUCUCUCUGGCUUCUUUGUUCUGAGAAGUCUCCUGCGACAACUUCUUGAAAUACCCCGCCAACCGUAACUAAGACUACCGUUACAGUCACCAUGUCGACGUGGGGAGAAUACUUCCGGGUUACGACCUAUGGCGAAUCCCACUGCCGCUCCGUCGGCUGCAUCGUCGACGGCUGCCCCCCAGGCAUGCAACUCACAGAAGACGACAUCCAGCCCCAAAUGACCCGCCGACGCCCCGGCCAGAGCGCGCUGACGACCCCGCGAAACGAAAAGGACCGCGUCGAGAUCCAGUCGGGAACCGAGUUCGGAGUCACCCUGGGAACACCGAUUGGCAUGAUGGUCCGCAACGAGGACCAGAGACCCAAGGACUACGGCGGCAGCACGAUGGACCUGUACCCUCGUCCCAGCCAUGCGGAUCUGACUUACCUCGAGAAGUACGGUGUCAAGGCUAGCAGCGGUGGUGGUCGUAGCAGCGCCCGUGAGACAAUUGGUCGUGUUGCCGCUGGUGCUAUCGCGGAGAAGUACCUGCAUCUUUCGCACGGCGUUGAGAUUGUUUCUUUCGUCUCCUCUGUCGGCAACGAGCACCUCUUCCCCCCGACCCCCGAGCACCCCACCGCUUCCACGAACCCCGAAUACCUCAACCUCUUGGAAACUAUCGACCGCCAGACCGUGGACUCCUUCGCGCCCACCCGCUGCCCCAGCGAAGAAGCCGCCGCGCGCAUGACCAAGGCCAUCGAGAAAUACCGCGACAACCACGACAGCAUCGGCGGCACCGUCACCUGCGUCAUCCGCAACGUCCCCAUCGGCCUUGGCGAGCCCUGCUUCGACAAGCUCGAAGCCAAGCUCGGACACGCCAUGCUCUCCAUCCCCGCGACCAAGGGCUUUGAAAUCGGCUCCGGCUUCGGCGGCUGCGAAGUCCCCGGCUCGAUCCACAAUGACCCCUUCAUCGCGUCGGAGGUCGAGUCGCGCACCGGCACUGCCACAGCCACCAAGCAGCGCCUGACAACCCGCACCAACAACUCCGGCGGUGUCCAAGGUGGUAUUUCGAACGGCGCAUCGAUCUACUUCCGCGUCGCGUUCAAGCCCCCCGCGACUAUCGGGCAGGCGCAGGAAACCGCGCAGUACGAUCUGACUACUGGCGUUCUGGAGGCCAAGGGUAGACACGACCCGUGCGUUGUGCCGAGAGCUGUUCCCAUCGUUGAAGCUAUGGCUUCGUUGGUUGUUGUUGAUGUCUUGAUGGCGCAGUAUGCCAGGGAGAAUGCACGGGGUAUGCUGCCGCCGUUGCCGAAGGAUAUUCCUACUCGUCCUUCUUAGGUCUGCGUUUGAGGUGAUUAGUAUGACGAUAUCACGUCUUUUCAAGUUUGGUUCUUUAGGGUUAUUGAUAGAUGCAUUUUGGAUUUAAAAAUAGUCAUGUGAAUAUGAAUGGACGAGCAUUGAAAGUUCAGUAUCACUACAGUAUUCCGG